UUUAGUACAGUGCCUUUGUGAUCUUUAUUUUUUUGCCACACAGUUGCUACAAUGUGAUAUAGGAAAAAUGUAACGUCCAAUAUAUUAUCACUGCAACAUUUCUGGCAAUUCUCCCUGAGCUCAUUACUAUGUCUACCCUACGGUCCUUGCAGGUCAAAGAAAACAUUUGAUUUUGGCAAGGGCUUUUCUUUAUCUGACAAUUUAUCCGAACUGGAUUUAGCCGAAUUUGCUUCAUAGAUCUUGUAAAAAACACUGUUUCGUAUUAGAUAACAUUUUUCUUUUACAGGACAACCAUAUGUAUAUUUGCUCUUCAAGGACCUUGACGCAUCGCUUCCAUUCAGCCAUUGAACUGGGAAGAGUAGGGUCCAUACUGUUGUGGUUUUACUGCGACCUGUGCGUGUGAUUUAACAGCUAAAAUGUUGCCAUUUAACGUAUAUUAGGGGUCCUUCUACGGUGUAAGGUGAAACUAUUCGAUCGACUGGAGUCGUCGGUGAAGAUCAGGGGCAUAAUGUCUGGAGCGGCCGGUGGGGGAGGAGGCUCCUCCUGUCAGGGCGCAGCAGCGGCAGCCAGUUGCAGCUCCGCCGGCUCUCCCUACUCUGCUGCAGCCGGAGGAGGCGCAGGGGUGGCCGGGAGGUUGCCAGCUCGGGUCCUGGAGCAUGUUUUCUCGUAUUUGGAGAUGUCCGACCUGAUGUGUUGCUCACUGGUCUGCUGGCAUUGGAACAAUAUCCUGGCGGAUGAAAACAGCGAGGUGUGGCGCAGCCUCUGCAGCCGGUCUCUGAGCGAUGAAGCUAUGCGUUCUGACAUCCUGUGCAACCUGCCCACCUACAAGGGGAAACUCAAGGCCUUUCAGCAUGCUCUGAGCUCCCACGACUGCUCCCGCAAUGUUUACGUGAAGAAGAACGGCUUCACCCUGCACCGCAACCCCAUUGCCCAGAGCACGGAUGGUGCCCGUGGCAAGAUUGGCUUUUCGGAAGGGAGGCACGCCUGGGAGAUCUGGUGGGAAGGCCCUCUUGGCACCGUGGCAGUGAUAGGCCUCGCCACCAAGCGGGCAUCCAUGCAGUGCCAGGGCUACGUGGCCCUGCUCGGCAGCGAUGACCAGAGCUGGGGCUGGAACCUGGUCGACAACAACCUGCUUCACAACGGGGAGGUCAAUGGAAAUUUCCCCCAAUGUAACAAUGCACCAAAAUAUCAGAUCGGGGAGAGAAUACGAGUGAUUCUAGACAUGGAUGACAAGACGUUAGCUUUCGAGAGGGGUUUUGAGUUUCUUGGUAUAGCAUUUCGUGGACUGCCCAAAGCUUGCCUGUUCCCUGCUGUCUCUGCAGUAUACGGCAACACUGAAGUCACCAUGGUGUACCUGGGAAAACCUCUAGACGGCUAGACGCAAAGUUACCCGUGCCACCAUUAAAACCAACAGGCCACCGGCGAGAGCAGGACAUUUUUCUGUCAACAGACUGUUUGUUGCACUGUUUCAAAAGGUUUUGGAGACACAAGGGGCGUGUUCCUUCCAAGCAGAAUAACUAUUCACAUAAACAAAGAACUGUUGCCAUUUCUACGACAGCUCGACAUAAGGAGUCAACUACAGGGGAGAAGGAAUGUGUGGAAACUGUCACAAACAUGUUUCUGUAUCGAUGUGGAAGUGUCCACUUUUACAGUUUUAACUGCUUGAAUGUUUUUUUACAGGAUAGUGAAACAUUAUUUAAGUUCAUGCCAUUCAGGCUAACAGUGCUAAACAUUUACGUGAGAAUUUUAAAUGAGGCCAAAAUAAUUCUAAACUGUGGCAAAUACUUUAAGACAUUGUUUUUAACAAGUGAAACAGUAGUUGUCUCUGUUGUAUGAGUUAACGGAAACAGCUCAUGGUGGAUAAACACAGUUUAUCAGAUUAUAUUAGUUAUAUGCCAAAUCAAUGUGACCUGAUGUUAUAUUUCGCUAGAGGCAAACAUAGAGGACAUGCGGACCAACUGUCGUGCAUGUGCUUGGAUACUGGCGUAAAGGCUGUACCACCUGACCUUUGAUAUACCUACCCAGUAAAGGUGGAAACUUUAGCUGUAUCAUGUUAAUGUGCGUCCUUUUUAAUGUGCUACUGUAGUAUUACACACUAUUUAUUUCUUGGUUUUUAUCCAUGGUACUAUAGAUGCUGUAUGGUAAUAAAGCCUGAAAAUAAAGUCUACAUGGUGCCACUCUUUUAAUAAAGAUGGUUUGAUGUUAUAUGUC